AUGCCUUCUCCUCAUGGUGGUGUUUUGCAAGAUUUAGUUGCAAGAGAUGCUUCAAAAAAAGCCGAAUUGUUAGAAAUUGCUCAAAGCGGUGAUUUGACCUCUUGGUCUUUGACUGCCAGACAAAUUUGCGAUUUGGAAUUGAUCUUGAAUGGUGGGUUUUCUCCUUUGGAUGGGUUCCUUAACCAACAAGAUUAUCAAUCUGUCGUUGAAAAAUCUCGUCUUCAAAACGGUUUAGUUUGGACCAUUCCAAUCACAUUGGACGUGGAUGCUGAAUUUGCUUCUCAAUUGAGUCCAGACCAACGUAUUGUCUUGCUCCAGGACAAUGAGUUCCCAUUGGCAAUCUUAACGGUCAGUGAUGUUUAUCAACCUGAUAAAGCCGUUGAAGCCAAGAAGGUGUUCAGAGGUGAUCCAGAACAUCCAGCCGUGAAAUAUUUAUUCGAACAAGCUGGCGAAUUUUAUGUCGGUGGUUCUUUAGAGGCUAUUCAAUUGCCUGUUCAUUAUGAUUAUCCAGGUUGGAGAAAGACCCCAGCUCAAUUGAGACUUGAAUUCGAAUCCAAGCAAUGGGAUCGUGUCGUGGCUUUCCAAACAAGAAACCCAAUGCAUAGAGCACACAGAGAAUUGACUGUGCGUGCUGCUAGAUCAAACAACUCUAAGAUCCUAAUUCACCCAGUGGUGGGUCUAACGAAACCAGGUGACAUUGACCACCAUACAAGAGUUAGGGUCUACCAAGAAAUCAUCAAAAGAUACCCUAACGGCAUGGCUCAAUUGUCCCUGUUGCCACUUGCUAUGAGAAUGGGUGGUGACAGAGAAGCUGUUUGGCAUGCAAUUAUUAGAAAGAAUUAUGGUGCUUCACAUUUCAUCGUUGGUAGAGACCAUGCCGGUCCUGGUAAGAACUCCAAGGGUGUUGACUUCUAUGGUCCAUACGACGCUCAAGAAUUAGUCGAAUCCUACAAAAACGAAUUGGAUAUCGAAGUUGUUCCAUUCAGAAUGGUUACAUACCUACCAGAUGAAGACAGAUAUGCUCCAAUUGAUGAAAUUGAUACUGACAAGACAAGAACUUUGAAUAUCAGUGGAACUGAAUUGAGAAACAGAUUGAGAGAUGGUGGUGAAAUUCCAGCAUGGUUCUCUUAUCCAGAAGUCGUCAAGAUUUUGAGGGAAUCAAACCCUUCAAGACCUAAACAAGGUUUCGCUCUUGUCUUGUCAGAAACUUUACCGGCUCAACUAAAGACUGCUUUAUUGUCUACUUUCUUACAAUAUGGUGGUGGUAGACACUACAAGGUUUUGGAACAUGGCAACAAUGAAGAAAUUCUAGCUCUUGUCCCUGAUUUCGUUAGAAGUGGAACCGGUCUAAUCUUACAAAAUGCUUCCUCUUUGAAGGGCACUAACGUGUUCAAGAUAGGUGAAGAAUCGGGAUCCGAUAUUCCACUGGAAACUGAAGACAAGAACAUCUUACACAUUGUACAAAGAGUGGUCUUGUUCUUGGAAGACCAAGGCUUUUUCCAAUUCUGA